AUGGGGACACUGGAGACAAUGGGGGGUUUGUCCCUGGCCGUGGAGGGUCCCUCCAAGGCCGAGAUCAGCUGCCAGGACAACGGUGACGGCACCUGCUCCGUGUCCUACCUGCCCGUGCUGCCCGGCGACUACGGCAUCGUGGUCAAGUACAACGACAAGCACAUCGCCGGCAGCCCCUUCACCGCCAGGAUCACGGGUGACGAUUCCCUGCGCCAGUCCCACCUCAAGGUCGGCGCCUCGGCCGAGAUCCCGCUGGACAUGGGGGACAUUGGGGACCUGAGCCAGCUGAGCGCCACCGUCACCGCGCCCUCGGGGCGGCGCGAGCCCUGCACGCUCAAACGGCUCCGGGACGGCCACCUCGGUAUCUCGUUUGUCCCGCAGGAGGUGGGGGAGCACCUGGUGCACGUCACCAGGGGGGGACAGCUGCUGUCCCUGUGUCCCUGUGUCCCCAUGUGUGACAUUGUCCCCAUGUGUGACAUUGCCAUGUCCCUGUCCCCGUGUAUCUCGUUUGUCCCGCAGGAGGUGGGGGAGCACCUGGUGCACGUCACCAGGGGGGGACAGCCGCUGCCCCGCAGUCCCCUGGCUGUCACCAUCAGCCAGGCCGAGCUCGGCGACGCCUCGCGGGUGCUGCUGCGGGGCCCCGGCCUGAGCGAGGGCACCACGUUCCAGCCGGCCCAGUUCACCAUCGACACGCGCCAGGCCGGCUAG